UAGGGGAAAAGCAAUUCCUGCCCUAUACAUACACUGCACAUACAGCUGUGAGACUGUUCUGAUUCACAGACUAGAAGAGACGCCCAGAGCUACUGGCAGAAGGUACAAAUAUGGACUGAGGCUAUACGAAGAAUUGUGUUACAUUUUUGAACGUCUUGUAAAUAAUAAAUAAAAAAAGGAAAUCAAUGGAGAAAAAGAAAACUAAGCAAAUGAAUAGAAACAAUGAGGACAUUUCAAAGAAGCUCCGUGACACAGGUCUGGACACUGGUUAUUGGAUUCCUCUAAUUACACAAAAGAUUGGUCUUCAGAGUUCUCAAGCAUUAAAAUAUUUGGAUUAUGAAGAUUAUACUGAACUAGAAGCCAAAAUCAAAUAUGCCUGGGAGAAAAGGGCUUUGCUCAAAGUCUUUAACUUGCCAGACAGCAGCAACGACUUGACUGAAACCCAACAAAUUCAUUCAAAAUCACUGAAAGCAAGAAAUGAACAUGCUGCUGAGAUACUGAAGGAACUAAAAGAGUUAAAUGAUGAAGGAAAGAGUCAAGAUGAUGAAAGUGUCCAACAGAUGGAAAAGGAAUUGAAGAAAGUCAUGCAGAUCCCUAAUGAAUAUCAUCCACCCCCUGAAAAAAAAUUAGUCGAUUUAAUAGAUUACUUCCAGGGGCAAAUUGACCUCAUAGAGGAAUCAUUUUUACAGAAGGAAAAUCAGUCAGAUGAAGACAUCCUAAAACUGGCGUCUGGAGGAUUAGCUCUUGAGGGGAUUUAUAUAACUAACAACAGGAAUGAUUUGCUUCAGAAACAUGAGAAAUUAAUUUGUGUUCCCCAUGGUUUUAAACUAUUUGGACCAGAACAAGGUCCAUUUCUCUGGCAAAGGGAAUUUACAUCCACUGAUAAAAAAAAUGAUUUUCAAGAGUCAGUUGGAAAACUUGGAUUAAGUCUUUGUUGUUGUAUCCAAGGUGGAUUUUUGGAUCUUGGUGUUGAAAACCAAACAAAUUGCAGUGGGUACAAAAAAGCAAGUGAAACACUCAAUGAGCCAAUUUAUGUUUCUGGAACUAAAUUUAACUGCAUUCCUCUAGCUUCCUGUUAUUUUACAAAGGACCAAAUCAGACUUUCUAAAGCCGCUUUCAAAUGUUUAAAAGAAAUAGAGAAUAAAAUUGAAGAUCCUAACACAGAUAAAGAAACAAUAAGAAACGAAUGUGCACAUUUUUAUAAAAGGUUUGGGUCACAUGUCAACUUGGGUCCUAUACAUUUUGGAGGAAUAUUCUGGUGGAAAGUAUCAAGCAAAGGAUUUAAGGAAAAAUUGCAGGAAGCCAAAGAAACAAUAUCUAAAGCACUUGAUGGCUUUGUGGCAGAUACUUACUAUGGAUGUGGAGCAAACCUGGAUGUGACAAGUCCAAAUUCCCUAGUUUCUAUUUAUAAAUCAAACAUUUCUCAAAAAUUUAUCAAAGAAGCCUUUGUGAUGAAAACUGGAGGUCCACCAAUAAAAGAUUCUCUACAACAAUGGAAGGCAGGUCUUGUAAACAAUAGUAGAACAUGGAGUAUUAUUGACAGAGGUUUCCAGCUGAUGCCCAUAUGGGAUAUCAUUCUCUCCAAUCACAGAGGGGAUUUUAAAGAUUGUCUGACAACUGCAGCAUGUCUUGCUGAUUCAUACAAACUGCUGACCAAUCUCCCCACAGAGACAUUUUAUGGAGAAUGUCUAUUGUAUGAAAAUGACAAAAGUAAAAAUCUCUUGCAGGGAAUGAAGUCAUGGAAAGUAGACACUGCCACAGAACAUUUGAUGGCUCUUCUUGACCAUAAACAUACAUUUAAUCAAAAUAACUCUAGUUCUUGGCUAGAUCUAUGCCUAUCUGAUGGAGACUUUCAGGAUUUUUUGAUAAAAGUUGUUGAGAAAUACAAAUCUUCCCCUAAGAAUUCCAUGAUAAAAUUUCUACUUCGUGAGUUACUUGAGCCUCACAUUUAUUCAAAUGAAAAUUUUCCGCAAAAGUCAUUUAUUUUAAUGUGGAUCCAUGAUUUAAAAGCAAAUGAAUAUGAGCAUUUUUCUGUUUCUGCAUUUGCUGACAAGGUAAGAAAAUCAAAGGACAAUGUUCUUAGGGUGCUCAGGCAUCAUCAUCCAAAUGCAGAAGAGACACACCAAGCAAGGGUAAGAGCAACAAUAGAAAUCAAUCGUGCAUUGUGUUCAUUGCUAAAGUUCAAGAGAAAUAUCAAGGAAUUUGAUGCAGCACUUUUAUUGCAUUGUACUGCUAACAAUUCAGGAUUUUGCCUACAGAAUUACGCAUUUCAACGCAUUUUAGGACUUAAAGAUAUAGAACAUAUGGAGGAGUUUAUCAAGACAGACUAUGAUGAAUACACAAAACUGAGAAAGCUCAGUAAACAGAGAUCUCAGGCCUAUGUAUUGCUUAAUGGUUUGGCCUCAGUAGGAAGCAGCGAGCAGUCAUUAUUGAAAGACAAAAUAAAACGUCUUCAUUUCAUGAAAAAAUACCUGGACAAUUCGCUUUCAGCUACUAUAAAUAACGUUCUGAAAAAACAUGAGAAGAAUCCAGAUUUCAACAGUUUGGAAAAAGACCUUAAAGCAUUUGUAAUGUCACAAAACAAAAAGAAUAAUGCAGAUUUAAAUGUAGAACAAGUUUUCCAUGAACUGGACCAUAAGCAAGUUCACAAAGAAUUUUUUUCUGAAGUGAAACAACAGGACACAAGUGCAGAUUUUAAGAAUUUACUUCAGCAGCUUGAUUUUGAAAAGUAUUAUCCAAGAAAACUGAACAUUUCUGACUUCCGUCUCAUCUGUGACAUUGCUCAUAAAUCCUCCGCAUUCCAAUUCUUGUACAAAUUGCUGACUUUCGAUUACCGAGCAAGAUACAUAAAACACAGUUAUAAAGAUAAAUCUGGAAAAUUACCCAGAGAGACACCCACCAAACAGAAUGUUACAGAGUCAGAAGAGAAUAGUUUUGACGGUUUUCUGAGAUUCACUGAGGGGCAAUGUAACAAACCAAAUACAGACACUGCACAGUCAGUCCACCCUAUGGAUCUCCAAAUGGCAAUUUUACACUGUGCUAAUGAUUUAACCAGACAAUACAUCUACAGAAAACUUUCAUUUUGUCAAUUUGCCCUUCCCCUCUUGGUGCCUGAUCCUAAUACUGGGAAUAUAGAAUUUCCACUCUGGGCAUUCUGUGAUGUACAAAAGAAGUGGCAGAACAAAAUUCAGGAAUGUGAAAAAAAUUUAAAUGAGAAAUAUAUAAAGGAAGCAAAGAGACCAAUUGUAGGUUUCUUUCGGUUUGGUGACUCUUGCACCUCAAAAUCCCAACUUCUUAACUCUUUGAUGAGUAAGAAAAAACAUGACAUCUUUUAUCAUCGACACUGUGAAGGCAGCACAAAAAAGUCAAUACUAAUGAAAGGUGUUGCAGAGAUUGCCUGGUAUUGUCCGGGGGGGAGUGAUGAUGACUUGUUUGAUGACUGCAUCGCUUUUACAAAUCUCCACGGGGAUCUACGAGAGCAUGAUAAGCAAGUCAACUUCUUACUGGACAUUGCCUCAGUCAUUGUCAUACUUUUAACAGAGGAUGAUUUGAGAGAUACAAAGAGCAGAGAAUUUCUAAGGAAAUGCUAUCAGUCUCCUAAACCACUAAUAUGUCUGUUUGCUGACAAAGAAGACAAACUGUCCGAUGCUGGUAAUAAAGUGAAAAUUGGCACAAAGAACAGAAAUGAGGCAGAAUUACUGCAAGAAGUAAAUAUAACGAUUACAAGCAUGGCAAGGAAAGCAGAGAGUCCUCAUUCUCUGGAUGACUGUGUAGGCCUUGCACAAGAAUAUGGUAUCACUGUGGAUGUAGAAAACCAACUAUGUAAAUCUACAAAGGAACAAGCUGAGACUCUAAUGUCUUUGUUAUGUGAGAAAAAAGUUAAGGAAAUGAAGAAACAAUUUCUUCCGCUACAAGGGGAUCUGUGGCACAAAUGGUGUCAGAAAGACAAAGAACUCAAUCGUCUCAAGGGAAACAGCAAUCAAAGCAUUGAGCAACAACGUAGUAGCAUUGAGUCCGAGAAGAAUGAAAUUAGGCAGAAUCAGUUACAAAGAGCAUUUCCAAUCAAUGUGUUUAUGACUUGCUUUCUAAAAAUGUUACAGUCACACUCAGAUUUCUCAAAAAUGUACUUUCUGCAGUGGUUUAAAAUGCAUUUAGACAAGAUCACUGUAGAGAAUCUCCCACAGCUAAAACAGCAAUUUCAUGACUUGUGGUCAGAUAUUCAGAAGAUAAAGAAAGCACAGAAGGACAAAACAUCAGUAGAAGAGAUGGAAAAGAGAUUAAACAGUCUAUCAAAGCAGAUAAAUGAUUCAACAUUUGGGCUUGAACACAUUCUGAGAGAAGUGGGACAGCUCUAUGAGGCUUUAGUCACAUAUUCUAAAGAUGAUAAUGGUUUUGAUUUGUUACCUGAAAUUGCUGCCAAUCUUAUGGUCUCUGGGUACCCAAUAGAACUGAUGGAUGGGGAUUCUGCACAUGUGCCUCUGAGAUGGAUAGGAGCUGUUUUAGAUAAACUGGUAGAAAUACUUGGAGAUAAGAAACUUUUUGUUCUCUCUGUUCUUGGAAUACAAAGUUCUGGGAAAUCGACUCUGCUUAAUGCCAUGUUUGGCCUGGAAUUUGCAGUAAGUGCAGGUAGAUGUACUCGGGGGGCAUUCAUGCAGCUUGUGAAGGUUGAUGAGCAACUAAGAAAAGAGACAAACUUUGACUUUGUGCUUGUAAUAGAUACUGAAGGUUUAAGAGCCAUGGAACUGUCCAACGCAGCAACUUUAAACCAUGACAAUGAACUGGCUACUUUUGUAAUUGGCUUGGGCAACAUCACACUGAUUAACGUUUUUGGGGAAAAUACUUCUGAAAUACAAGACAUUCUACAGAUAGCUGUUCAGGCAUUCAUGAGAAUGAAAAUAGUAAAUCUCAAACCAGGAUGCCUAUUUGUUCAUCAGAAUGUUGGGGACAUCACAGCCACAGAGAAAAAUAUGGAGGGACAAAGACGACUUCAGGAAAACCUGGAUGAAAUGACAAGAAUUGCAGCAGAACAAGAACAUUCAGACAUUACUUGCUUUAAUGAUGUGAUGAAGUUUGAUGUUAAAAAUCAUAUUUUGUACUUUGCUCAUCUCUGGGAAGGCGAUCAUCCAAUGGCUCCCCCCAAUCCAAGCUACAGUCAGAAUGUGCAGUCUCUAAAAAAAAUGAUACUUGGUAAUGGAAAAGCACAAGGCAAUAUAUUGUCUAUUUCAGGUUUUAAGACUCGUGUAACUGAUUUGUGGAAUGCUCUGCUGAAUGAGAACUUUGUUUUCAGCUUUAAGAAUUCUCUUGAGAUUGCAGCCUACAACAAGCUAGAAAUGAGAUACUGUAAAUGGACAUGGGACAUGAGAGAACAUGUGCUUAGUCUACAGAACAAACUCAAAAAUCAAAUUCUAAACAAUGAACUACAGAGUAUAAAUAAAAUUUCUCUUCAUGAGAAUCUUAAAGAAACAUUUACCAAAGUUAUGGAUGACCUAAGUAAUUUUUUCACUGAUGAGAAAGAUGGCAAUAUAUUGAUUCAGUGGAAAGCAAACACUGAGAUCAGGCUGGAAGGUGUUAAAAAUGAUCUUAUAGAUGAAGUAAAGAAAAACCUGGAUGAGCAGAUAUGCAUAAAGAACAGCAGGAGAGAAACUGACCAAAUGAAAGAACAAUAUGAAGUUGAGUUGUUACGUAAAAGCAGAGAUUUGGCUUUAUUUCUGAAAGAACAAGCACCAAGUGAAGAUGAGAUAGAGAUACAGUUUCAUAAUCUGUGGAGUGAAUGGAUUGAGAAAGUAAAGUCAUCCAGACCAAUAUUUGAUCUACCUAAGAUUACUGUGGAUAUGGAAAAUAUCCUUCUAGAUUAUUUUAAACAAGAGACAGAUCUGAGCAACAAGAUCAGGAGUUCUUAUGAAUGGACCAAUAUGUGUCUGGAGUUUUCUAAAUAUAUCAAGACAAAAUCAAAGUGGCUUGGAAUGCGAUCUGAGAAACUCAAGGAAACUGAAGAAAUGGAAAUAAAACGAGAAACAGAAGAACUAAGACACAUAAUUAAUAGUUAUAUUAACAAGAAGGAGAGGGAUAAUAUGGACUAUCAGCGCAGUUACUUUCAUGAAAUUCUGCACAUCAUAGACAAGGAACUGAGCACCGGGUUAAACCCAAAGUUCAGGUUCAAGAAGGAAUUCAAGUUGUUUGUUUCCCUUUAUUUCUUAAAAAAUGCAGCAGAGAGAUUUACCCACAUGUCUAUUGAAUUCAGAAGACUAAAUGACCCAGUUAACCAUUUUGAAAUAAAAAAGAGUACUUUCUUAAAAAUCUUUAAAAAUUCCUUUGCAGAAAAGGCAUCGAUUGCCUCACUGGCUGAAAUCUUAAGUGAUAAACUGACUGAUUCUAUAAAAGAACAAGUAUUUGCCCAGGCAGCUAUUGACUUAGCCAGUGAAAUGAAAUCCAACCACCCGGCUCUUAAUGGGAACAGAUCUAAAUUAGAGCUUCACCUCUUGAAAUCUCUGGCUGAAAAGGAAGAUUUCCGAGCAUACAUUCAGUAUAUUGAUCAUCCCAAAACUGCAUUUGCUGUGUUUUUGCAAGAAAGUGUUACUGAAUACUGCCAAAGUGAUAAUUUAAAGAUUUUUAACAUUUUAAUCAGAAAUCUUGAUAAAUUUAAAAUACUUAUACAGGAAACUAUUGAGAAAUCAACUGAGGCUGUUAAACUCACAGGUGGUGAUAUUGAUUCCUGGGUCGGUACAUUCUGUAAACAGCUUGGGGGCCACAUUAAAAUUUCACAGAGUGACUUUAAAAGCCUUCAGUACCAGAACAUAACAGAUGUAGAUUUCCUACAAAAAGCAGUUACUAUGGCCCUAGAAAGUGGAACGGAAAACCUAAAAGAAGAAUUUGCUGAUUUCUGCAUGACAAACUUCAGGACACAGCCCCAUGAAAUAUUAUUUGAGCAGUUUAAUGCAUGUUGGCAUCAGUGCCCUUUUUGUAAAGCUGUUUGUACUAACACUAUAGCUGGGCAUGAUGGAGACCACAGUGUCCCAUUUCACCGACCUCAGACAUUAGCAUGGUGGACCUUUAGUGGUACAGAUCAGUUUGUCACAGACAUCUGCACCACUCAGGUAGGGAGUGAUAAGCAUUUUCGCUUACCGGAUGAUAAUAGUUUUUUAUACAAGAAUUACAGAUCAGCAGGACCUCCAUAUUCUGAUUGGUCUAUUACACCAGAUAACUCAGAGCAAUGUUACUGGAAAUGGUUUGUGUGUCGAUUCAAGGAAGAUCUGGAAAAUCAUGAAAAUAAAAAGUUUUCUGGUUACGGAGCCAUCCCUGAACAAUGGAGCAAAUAUACCAAGGAUAAUGCCAUUGCUGAACUGAAAAUCUAAUACUGCAUUAUGAUUUUUGUCUUAUAAUCCAAUACAAUAUAAAACAUCUUUAAGGAAUAUGCUGUACACAGCAUUAUUUCAAAACCGUAUUACCGGUAUAUUCUUUAUUUCUUGUAGUUUUUGAAUUAUUUCAAUGAUGUUUGUUUUGCAGCUCUGGCGCUUGAAAUUUCAAAUGUAUUUAAACAUAUUACAAAUCAAACUAGAAAAAUAGGGGAGCAUUUAAAGGAUGAUACACAAUUAAAAAUAAUAAUAACAUUGUACCCAUGAUGCCGAUCCAUUAAUUUUUUAUUUUGCUUGCCAGGGUCAGUGACCUAGCAGGCUGGAAAUAAAACAUCAACCCCAAAAUCAAAAAACAAAACAAACGAAGAUCAUUUGAAAAGUAAAGUAGUAAAAGUUAAUUUGAAGGUCGAACUCUUUUAAUGUCAAUUACUUAUUAUGUUUUCAUAGAAAGUUAAGACACUAAGGGGGUUAUUUACGAAAACUCAAAUGAAAACAAACCCCGACCAAACUCCCAUCUACGAUUUUAUCAU